GCUGUGCCAGGCGGGGCUGCGGCCGUGCGCGCCACUCCUUCCGCCCGCCGCCCCGGAAGCCGACGAUGGCGCGGAACGUGCUGUACCCACUGUACCAGCUGGGCAACCCUCAGCUCCGCGUCUUUCGCACCAACUUCUUUGUCCAGCUCGUGCGGCCCGGCCACCCUCAGCCCCUGGACACCGUGCAGUUCCGGAUCCCUCUGGAGAUGACCAGAGUGGAUGUCAGGAACUACCUGGAGCGCAUUUACAACGUGCCAGUGGCCGCUGUGCGAACCAGAGUGCAGCACGGCUCCGGCAGGAAAAGGGAUCACAGGAACGUCAGGGUGAAGAAGCCGGACUACAAGGUCGCCUACGUGCAGCUGGCCCACGGGCAGACCUUCACCUUCCCGGACCUGUUCCCCGAGAGGCCGGCGGCCGAGGGGGCCGACGUCCAGGAGCAGCUGCUGCAGGAGCGCCGGCGGAGAGAGCAGCACGACCCCCGGCGUGGGGGUGUCCCCCAGUGGUUCUAGCUGUGACACCCCAAUAAAGUCCCACCGGGAGGAGA